UGGGCGACCACGGUCGACAGCUCGCAGCAUCUCUUCAACUUUCUCUGGUAACGUCUGCUUUGCUGGAAAUCCCCACCCAAGCUAGUGGCACAUUGUCCCCCGAAGCAGUCCGAACGUCUUGCUCUUCACUGUGCGCAUGCAGAAGCAUCGUGGACGAUAACCCUGACGCUGGAACACGUACAACGGUUUAUAAUCUUUAGGCAUGGAGGCGCCACCAUAUAUUCCGUACCAAGCGUACAAGUCCAAGAGACAUUCCAAGACUCCAUCAAACCAGUUCUUGACACCUAAUGUCUCCCCUCCGCAGGCUCGACCAGCAGUAGUCCUCGGCAAUGGGCAUGUUUUCAGCGAACCCGUUGUACCACAGCACCGCGAUGUCAACGGUGACACCGAGAAGGUAGAUUCAGCAACGGAUGCUCCCAACCGCUUGACGGAACGACCAGCGUCGGUGUUAGAUGACCUAACUCGUUAUGAACAAAUUUCACCGUUAUCCAUCACUGUGACAGCUGUACCUGCAGAGUCUCGUUCGGUUACCGAUUCUCCCCUAUCACUCUCGCCACCAGUUGUGGCAAAGGAUACCCCUUCAUCUACGACAUCAUCGAUACCUCCGUCACCUACAACAUCUGAACGACCACAGAUUAAUGGCAAAGCACCAGAAUCUAUGAACAAUUCUGCAGCAUCUUCAAGUACAUCUUCACCCGCAACCAGUCCAAGAUCCAACCUCACGACACGCAAAGUUUCGACAUUCCGCCAUAUUCCCCUUCGUCCUGUAAAUGCCAGACCCCCGCAGCCGCCUUCCCCCUUACGACCUCCCGGGACCCAUACGUAUACAGCUUCUAAUACCUCAACGUCAACUCGCCUGUUGGGAACGCCAGAACCACGGAGUCGGGUAUCUUCCACUGCUUCAACACCUAACGAGCGAGUGUUAUCUUCAAUGCCUUCCAUAGAUCUACAUCGACACCCUGCUGUUAUUCCACCAAAGGCCGUCUCGCCCAUACCAAGUCAGAGUUUAACUCCUGCGUCUGCGUUAUCACCCUCUUCGUCAUCAACAUCGUUACCUAUCUUACGGCAACAGCAGCGUUCCCCCGCGCCAUACCGGCCGGGCUUCCAACCCCAAGGUGUACGCAGGCCACGUACCGAUGACUUCUUGGAAGCUCGUAGGGCAAGUCGAGAUAGCGGACGCAUUGAACGAACUCGGCUAGAACGACGACUGGAGAAGUUGGUUAAUCUUCAUUUUCCCCAUCCGAAUAAACAGAAGGCCACAGAGCUGCAGACAAACGGACAUCCUAGUCAACAGACUCGGCGACAGUCAUCACUGUUUGAUUUAACUUUCGAAGACCUGAGGAACAAGACUGUGAGUGACUUGUGGAAAGAGGCUAUACAACCUUCAACUAGCGGAAAGAUGGAUGUCAGAGCUGCCGAACAAAUUAUCACUCCAUGGGAGGAGGAUGCAGCUGUUACUCUAUGUCCAUUAUGCUCGGCGUCUUUUCAUCCGCUCACAAACCGGAAACAUCAUUGUCGUCUUUGCGGAAGGAUCAUUUGUUCACUACCCGUGAAAUACCCUCAGCGUCAACAGCCGUGUUCUCUCCUUUUCGUUGCAGAUCCCAUCACCGGAGCGAUAGAGGAAGUUAAGGAAGGCGUGGAUUAUGGCGUCCGACGGCGUAAUCCAAGCAUUUCUCAAGGCAAAGGGAAGGGCAAGGAACUAGCACUAACUGACGAGGAAAAAUUCCUCAAGGGGGUACGGAUAUGCAGAGAUUGCCGUCCUGUCUUGCUUCGACGACAGUAUCUACAGGAGGUUCAUCAUGUACCGAUAUUCUCGAAGUUGUACGAUGCCUUCAUCUCCCUCGAAAAGGAGAUUGAAGAGGCCUUACCGCAAUUCCAGGAACUCGUGCUCAGCUUAAGCAAUGACGAACGACCAUCUCCAGAGGCUUCAGCUGCCAGGAAACGAUUGCUGGAAGCAUUCGCUCAAUAUGACGCUCUUGCAAAGCGGAUACGAAAGAUUCCAUCACCAGAGGGUCAAGGGAGUUCGCAAGACAGGGUCCAAACAGCUAUCCUGUCCAGGGCAAACAACUUCCUACAGAAGAACAUGUUCCCUCUCCAGGCACUGCCAAAGCCGAAAAGGCUAACAUCUGACCAGGCUCCGAAGGCCGACGUUGAAGAACAUUCACAAAUGGUCGAUCCCGAUUCAGAGGUUGCACAUGCACUACAGCCUCUACUGGAGCAGGAAGCUCUGCUGGAAUCAUUUGUUGAAGAAGCCAAGGCUCAUAGGAAAUUUGAGGAUGUAAAGAUCUUGAAGGCAAACCUUGCAGAGAUUCGCGCAGAGAUCGACAGGAUCCUGGCGAACGCGGAAGACGGGGUUUCAGCGAGAGCUAAGCCAAAGUCAUAGUGCUAUCGUACUCGAGUCUACCUGAGACAUGGAGUGAUCAUCAUAAAUGUCCUUGGAUUUUUUGGGGGAUGCUAGAUAAUGGUAUUAAUGCAAACGAUGUGGACGACGAUAGCUGGAUGUGAUAGUGAUGUACGGAUGGAUAGAUGGAUCGGUAACGUCCAAAAUGACAUGGAUGGUAUGCUAUAUGAUGAUUAGUAGAGGGCGACAAUAGAUGAGGAUAACUUAGAUGCAAGUGAAUGAAUGAGAGUCAACCGGAGCCCGCAAAAGAAACAUAUGGAUCGAUACC